AUGUUAGACCCAUUUAGAAUGGCAACUGUCCGUAGAUAAUCAGAAUUAAUUAAAUCUAACAAUCAAUUGAUAGAAUAACAACCAAGAGGUAGAUAAUAAUGUGCAAAUUCAAAUCAACAUUUAACAGACAUAGUCAAUUAAUGCAUUCAACGUUCAUAACAUUCAAUAGAUGCAUUACAAUAAAUAAGAGCCAGAUCUAAAGACAGAAGAAGUUCUUAUAAGAAAACUACCAGAUAGUCAACUAUUAGUAGUUUUAAAGGAUAAACAUCUCCUAGUUUUAGACAAGACGAUCAAUCUGUCACAUCAUCAAUCCAAGAAUCAUAAUAAAGUUAAUUGCCUGUCAGAUUGUUUAGUUUUAUUGAAAAUGAACCUAGUUUCAGAGCAAAAGAUAUGCCCUUAUAAAUCAAUAAAUCAAGUUUAGAAGCCAAAAAGAAGCCACUGAUUUAACUAAAAGAAAAUUAAAGAAGAUUAACUAAUAUUGAUCAAUUAUUUUAAGAAGCAUUGCGUAAAAGUUAAUAAAUCACAGAAAAGUUUUAUCAGUGA